AUGGAAGGGUGCACGACAUUCAGAUCUGGGGGUGAGCCUAAUGCUAACAGUACCCUAAAUGGAGAAUUUGAUAGAACACAUCAAAGUUUCAAAAAUGCCAUUUCUAGAUUAUCUAAGAACUGCACUAUGGAGUCUCCUCGGUCAAUCAAUGUUCCAACAUUAAAUAACACACCCAGGACUGAUCAUGAUGAAAGCCAUCUAUUAGAAAACUCAGAAGAUCAGAAUGGUGCCAUUGAGACAGAAAGCUCUCCUAGACAGGGUGAUAAUACUGAUAAUGAUGCUAUUACCAUAACGGAAAAUUCACCCCGGACUCAGGAUGUGGAAGAGCCAUCAGAACAUUCUCCAAGGUCAGAAACCAGACCAACAGUAGCAGAUAAUACAAACCACAGUCCACCCACACCUGAACAUCCCUUACAGCAUACAUCUUACCCAGACAGUACACACUCUGGGCAUGAUGAUGAUCCUGGUCUAAAUGUGGGGGACAUCAGCCAUUUACCAAGAACACCUCCCAAACCUGGCAAAUUUACUGUUCCACCCCUUGCACAAAGGCCUAGAAAGUCUGAAGAACUACAAACUGGUGGUGAAUUAGAUCAGUCCAUUACACUUUUAGAUAAUAAACCAACAGAUUUGUCAGAAGGAUUUUAUGGUAUGAUAGCUUUAAAAGAAAAUGAUGUGUGCUACACAAGUGGCACAAUAGAGUGGGUGGGCAGGAAAAGGAACUACCCACUCAACAGUGGGUUCAAGUUAAUAACUGACAAACCAGACCACGGCCAAGUCGAUGUGAAGAGGAUGCGUGGGUUAGACAAGACAUACAAUUAUGUGAAAGGGAAUAGGCCAGAUGACAAAGGAGUUGUGUGUGGGUGUGCAGAUGUGCUACCAACAGUGAAUGCUAUUGUUGAUCAUCUGAAUGCCUUGCACGAAGCUGUUGACCUUGUGGAUUUACGUCUCAGUAAUCUAGAAUCUAGAAUGAAUACUGACCAAGAAUAUUAAGGAUGGAUAAUAUUAUUUAAGUUAUGUAUGUGUAUGUAUGUGUAUUAUUAUUUAAUUUAUGUUUCAAAUAAA